AUGUCUACUAUACUGUCUUGGAAUCCAUUUUUUAUCUGCGGGAUCCCCCACCGCGGUCCUGGCUCCUGUUGCGGGACGACGAAGAAAGGCGAGCCGUGCAAAAACUCGAUCAAAGUUGAAGACACCAAGAUAGGCCAUCAAAAGUUGACCACUCUUGCCAGAGAGCCGUUUGAUCUGUCAAAUUUGCAAUCGAAGCUCUGUGAUGUUGCCAAAGAAUUCCUCUGUGUGAGAUGGCAUCGUCAACGACAGGCCGACCAACUGGGCCAGCAGUGGUAUGAGGCAGCCGUCCGCAAUCAGGCACGAAUACCACAGGACUCUUGGAUUGCCUCCCCGUCAGUUGCUACUCAUACAAGUCAGAAUCAUAUAUCGUCAACCUCCAGGCGACGCCUCACGGAAUCAGGCAACACUGACCGGUCGGCACCUCCUCGGGGGAUCAGACAAGACUCGCUGGUUCCCCCGUCAGAUAGCUCCGAGCCAGUGCAGUCAAUCAAUUCCUUUGUCACUGCUGCAAUGCUGCGAACGAAUAAUGUUCCGUGGCAAGUGUCGCCGGCUCGACCAGCUAUUUUGUUGUCGGCCACUAAUCUCCUGGCUGGUUUCCAAAACUUGACGCUCCAGAGUCUCAGUACGAGUGAGGAGGUCAACGACAUCCACUGUGUGUUUUGCCUGGCCGAGGAUGGAGACCAUGCAAACGAGUGCGUGAUCUUGCGUUGUGGUCAGUGCCGAGCGCUUUCUCACCUAGCCUGUGCGGAAGAAUGGUUGGAAAGGCGCCGUGUGGGAUUCGGCACGACAUGCUGUGUCUGUCGAAACGAAGGAACUCUAGACGCCUUGAUUCGCCCACUCCAAGUCCUAUCAUCGGAUGCCGAGACACAUUCUGUCCAAACGGCAAAUGAUCCAUCUCCUGAUGGACAACUCGACACCGUCAGGAUUUCAUCACCAAACGAUCCUAGUCAGAGUCAGCCAUGUCAG